AUGGCGCCGGGAGGUCCGAAUCGCGGCGCUGCGUUGCGAGGAAAGCGACGCGAGUACAAAGCCGUUAUGAAGGUGAAUGUGGAUGCGACGAUGGUUGAUGCGGGAGCAUCCUCCCAUCCUCAUUAUCACCCUCCCGGGCAGGUCAGUGAAGGCAAGAAGCCCGUGUUCGGGGGAUGCUUUAACAUGAUCGACCCUCGCUACCUCGACAUGUUUGCUAGUGUGUCCGGCAACAGGAAGGAUGAGUCGUUCUACACAGUGGCAUGGAUGAGGGGGCAGCAGGGGCGGCCGCUGUUGGCAGCUAGUGGCAGCAGCGGAGUCAUUCGGAUCAUCGACUGCUGGCGAGAGACAGUUGUGCAUAGUUUCACUGGCACUGGGGGCGCAGUCAACGAGGUGUCGGUGCAUCCCACCCACCCCUCACUGCUGCUCUCAGCCAGCAAGGACGAGAGUGAGAGAAAGUUGGGUAAAAGCUGCUCUUCGUUUUUCCUCUUCCACACCUACUCUUCCACCUAUUCUUUCUCCAGGAGUUUCAUAGGCCAUGGCGGCGCAGUGAACGAGAGUUUCAUCGGGCAUGGUGGGGCAGUGAACGAGAGUUUCAUCGGUCAUGGGGGAGCAGUGAACGAGAGUUUCAUCAGGCACGGCGGGGCAGUGAACGAGAGUUUCAUAGGGCAUGGGGGAGCGGUGAACGAGGUGAGGGUGCAUCCGACCCACCCCGCCCUGCUGCUCUCAGCCGGCAAGGACGAGUCUCUCCGGCUGUGGAACACGGACACGGGCGUAUGUGUGGCGAUCAUGGGCGGGAGCGACGGGCAUCGAAAUGAGGUCCUUAGCGCGGUACGGUAA